UAGAAGUAGAACUUACGGAAUUACGAGACACACCUAAAGCAUCUGAAGCUAUUGUUAGAGAUCCUAUGUUAAGUGAUGAAACUAAUAAAUUGAAAAAUGGAGACAUUGUUUUUAUUACGGCAUAUAUUGAUUUGCAUAAUAUUUUUGUCCGUAAACUUGAAGAUAAUAAUGUUGAAUUUGAAAAUCUUAUUAAAAGCGUCAAUAAUUAUUGUACUUUGGGAAAUGGUUACGAGAAUAAAUCUCCAGAAUUAAAUGAAAUCGUAGGCGCUAAAAGUUCAGCUGACGGAUGUUUUUAUCGAGCAAAGAUUAUUGAAAAAACUGAUGAAAAAACUUAUGAAACAAUUUUUAUUGAUUUUGGUUUUGAAGAAAGUGUGAAUGUUUCCAAUAUUGUUCCACUACCUAUACAACUACAACAG